AUGAGGAAGCUAAUUAUCUGGGCAACCAAGGAGGUUUCUGGAAUUAUAACUCAGGAAACAAGGGUUACACCUCUGGAAACACAUGUCGGAACUCCUCUAGAGAAGGACAAUAUAAUCGGUCAGCAUACAGAGAGCAGGGAAACUAGCAGAACAGAGAUGGGGGUAAAGGAGAUGAAAGGUGAUUUCUCCAAUAUGAGUCAAUUGGUAGACUCUCACACUACCUCCAUUAAACAAAUUGAGCAGCAGUUGGGGCCACUUUCAGGCUCAUUAAAUCAGAGGAAGAAUGGGUCACUACCAAGUGACAUGAUCCGAAAUCCUAAGAAGGACGGGCAUUGCAUGGCUAUCACCACCAGGAGUGGUAAGAUUCUUGAUGACCCAAUUUCUGCAAGUACUAAACAUGAGCAGGUGUUGGAACAAGUUGGAAGAGAAGAGGAUGAAGCUCACCAAGUAGAUGAUUUGGAAGAUGCUCAAUCAAUAGAAAAACCAGCAAGAGCAAAAGAAAAAAAGGUUGAGGGAACUAUGACUCUUCAGCAGAUACCAAGACCACCUCCUCAUUUCCCUCAAAGGCUCAAAAAGAAGGCUGAAGAUGGGAAGUUUGCAAAGUUCAUUAACAUGCUGAGACAACUGUUAGUAAACAUACUUUUGGUUGAAGCCCUGGAGAAGUUGCCAGGAUAUGCAAAGUUCAUGAAAGACUUGGUUACAAAAAAAAGAGUUGUAAGUAUUGAUUUGACUAAUAAUGUUCAUCACUGCGGUGCUAUUGCUACCAGAUCUCUGGUACAGAAGAAGAAAGAUCCAGGUCCAUUCACUAUACCAUGUACCAUUGGAUCAAUCAAAUUUGCAAAGGCCUUGUGUGAUCUAGGGACCAAUAUAAACUUGAUGACAUUGGCCAUCUACAAGCAACUGGGUUAG